AGUUUGUUUUAGAUUAAUCGGUAAAAUACGAGCCACAAGUUCUGAAUAUUAUGCCAAAUGGUUGAAUGAUAUGUCUGUUUUAGGCAACAUUCCGUGUACAGUACUUCAUUUUUAUCCUCCAGGUUUUCAACCGACAACGAAGGACUUUUUUUUUUUAACUUCCUCAUAAUCCACCGAUGAAGAGAAUUAGGCUUUCAAACGUGUUAAUUUUGCAAGAAUACCCCAACCAUACGUAUAAUUAAUCGAGUUAGCAUGAUUUAUCAUCAUCUGAGCAAAUUUAACACAAAUGCUUUGAGUCAUACCAGACUGACAGCGAUGCUCUUAUUUUGGUAGGAAAUGACGGCAGGAAAUACACUCAUGGGACAAUUAAUUAGGUACACCGGGACAAUCUAACCCAGGGGUGUCCAAAGUGCGGCCAGCGGCACAGUCUAAAAUAUAAUUCAACAAGAAAGAAAAAAAAGCAGCAGCGAAAAAGUUUAAAAUCAACGAGAAACAGAUGGAAUUUUAUGAUUAAUUUGACUGAUAAUAUAAGCAACAAUGAUGUCAUUUUAUUAACUAUAUUAAAAAAAGGCUUUUUCAUCGACAGUACAGUACAUCACAAAGCAAUGGUGGCCAAGAAGUGCAAAACAUGUAAAAAUAAAUAAAUAAAUAAAUAAUAAUAAAAAAAGACCAUUAGACCACCUGGAAGGGGAAUGUACCAAGUCCCAGAGUUAUAGGAAGUCAACACAUUUGGACCAAUCAGCUUUGAGGAGUUGGUACGUUUAUUUUCCGGUUAAUGUUGGUGGUCGAGAAGUGCAAAACACUUCACCAAAAAGUAAAACAAAUUACAAUUACACCACCCAGAAGGGGAUUGUACCACACGAAUCAGACAGGAAGCGGUAACAUUUAAAGUUGCGGCGGGUGUUAAUGGAGGGCAUUGCCAAUCAUGUUUUGUGGCACACACUUGAGAUGCUUGAUGCGAUUUUGCAGCACAUGUGGUUGGUCUUUGGAGUUGUUAAAUGGUACUUACCACAUGGAAGGAACAGAUGUGCUACAGGAGUCCAUCAAAUAUUUUAAUGAGGGGUACAAUCCCCUUCCGGGUGGUGUAAUUGUAAGUGUUUUGCACUUCUCAGCCAAUGUUAUUACAAUGAACAUUUGACAUUUAUCAUCAUGGCCAGUUUGUCCUGACUGUUAUGAAAUUCAACUAUCCAACUUUAUUCCAAGGAUGGCAGACAUUUAUCGGUGCAGCGCUGCUGCUCCUCUCUGGCAAGCUGGGCUGGGUGGAAAUGAGGCGCAUCUCCAGAUCGGCUGCCCUCUCCUGGUUCCCCGGCUCCCUGCUGUUUGUAGGAAACAUCUAUGCAGGCUCCAGAGCUCUGUCUCGUCUAGAGAUUCCUUUCUUCUUGACGCUGCAGAACUCCUCUCAUGUUGUGAGUUACGUUAUCUCCAAGGCUGUUCAUAGAGAGAAAAUGGAGUGGUUGAAAUUUAUCAGCGUUUGUCUCAUGCUGUUUUCAGCCAUCAACCUCCCUGCCUAUGAUCCACAGUUUGACAUGAGCGGGUACAUGUGGGCCGUUGCUCAUCUCAUCUGUGUUGGCACUUACAGGGUGUUUCAGUUCCACUACAAAUCCAGUAAUUUGAGUGACAUCGAGCAGCAAUAUGUUAACUACUUGUUCAGCGUGCUGCUGCUGGCAAUGGCUGCUCACCCGACAGGUGACCUCACAAGUGCCUUGGAGUUCCCGUCUCUUCAGUCCUACGCUUUUAGCUGUGGCUGCUGUGCCAGUGCCUUGCUGGGCUUUUUCCUGCUGUUGGCUUCAGUCAAACUAAAAAGUGGAUUGUCCCUGCAGCACUUUGCACUGUGGAUUUUUUUGUCAAAGGUUACUGCCAUGUUCCUUUCACCGCUUAUUUUCUACAUGGACCUGAACACUCCAUCUAUUAUCUGUGUGGCUGUCAGUCAUGUGAGUGAGGCGGUGCUGGUGUAUUUUGAGAGAGAAACGCACCAAAAAAGAAAUCAAAAAGAAAAAAACAGGGACGGACCAACAACUUGCACUUCCUGAAUGACUGUUCUAAAUAUAUAUGCUGUAUUUUCAUAUUUUUUACAGACCAAAUAAAAUGUUUACAUGCA